AUGAAGUCGUCAGGCAUCUUAUCUGCCCUACUGUUCGGUGGGAUCGCGUCCGCCGAGCAGGUCCUCCUCGACUCGGACUCGAGCUCGCCGUGGACGACCUUUCCGCACCCCAUUCGCCGCGUGGCUGUUAUCGGCGCCGGUCCAUCCGGGCUGCAAGCCGCGGCAGAGCUGAGCGAGCAUGGCUUCAAUGUUACGAUCUUCGACCGCGCGCCUGGGCCUGGCGGCAACUGGAGAUACACGGAUGAGAUACCUGUGCGCGAGUCGUACCCAGAUGCGCCACUGGAUCUUACGUCGUAUACGCCGAACGAGUUGCCGCAUGUUGAGGUGUACAGCGAUGGUCAGGACGGAUACAGUGUCGACGAGAGAUGGCGCGCACAUUGGGUCCCGCGGCCCGUUUGGAAGAACUUGUUCACCAACUCUCCCAUCAGUAUCACCGAUCUUCCCGGUGUACCCUAUCCUCCCGACUCGAAAUGGGCUCCCACGCAAGACAUCGUCUCGGCGCAUGUACGCGGCUACGCGGCGAUCCACGGUCUAGCAUCAGACGACGACCCCUCGCUCGUCUCGUACAACACGCGCGUCGAGCGCAUCGAGAAACCUUCGCCCGACGGGAAGUGGGUCUUGACGCUUAAACGCCUGCGCAAGCUCGAGGAGACGAAUAGGCUCGAGGCGGUCUGGUGGAAGGAGGAGUUCGAUGCUGUUGUUGUUGCUUUUGGGUUGGACUCCGAGCUGCCGCAUGUGCCUGAUGUCAAGGGCAUUGUUGAGUGGAGCGAGGUUAGGGACAGUGAGAGUGCGACGGGGUUCAGUAUCUAUCAUUCGAGGGCGUAUCGCCGUCCGGAGCAUUACUCGAAUAAGACUGUACUCAUCGUGGGCGCAAGUGUAUCUGCCUCGGAGAUUGCGCGGGAUAUAGCGCCGUAUGUGAAGACGUUGUAUCUUAGUCGCAAGGACUACGAUUGGGAGAAACUGCAUCCGUUCCAGCGUCGCUCGUACAAGCGGCUUCCAGCGAUCACGAACCUAGUACCGGAGAUCGCGUCGUUCGAGCCACUCAAUGGCCAGGGAAUCCAGUCGGGAAAGAUCGCCUUUGUUAACGGAUCUACUCUUGAGCUUGGAGUUGACGAGGUCAUCUUGGCGACAGGCUACAUCCACGCGAAUCGCAUAUUGGCGCAGGUUCUGCACGAGGACGGCAACGGCGGUACUCACGAGCCGGACAGCAUCCGUUCCUUGCACAACGUGCAUUGGACUGGGAACUAUAUUCCCGAUCCUACGCUGGCCUUCACCAAUACUCGCCCGUGGACGACUACACGCUACCAAGCUCUCGGACUGGCGAGGAUCUGGCAGGGCACUGCGCGCUUGCCGAACGAAGCGGAGCUAUGGCGCCAGUACAACUCGACGCGCUAUCGCUCUUUCGGGGGUCUUUGGGGCACUGAACAAAGCGAAGCUUUCCUUCGGCAGUGGGUGACGUGGCUGAACAACGAGGCUCUGGAGAACGGCGGAACUCUUGUGGAUAACUUCCCCAUUGACCGUCGCGAGCAGUACUCGUAUUAUAUGAACGUGGAGGUGCAGGAACCGUACAUCUCACUCGAAAACUUCACGCGCUUUGACGACGUGCCUGCUUCGGAAUGGGGGAAGAAGAGGGGGUACACUAUUGCUGAGGCGAGCGAGUUGGAGCGGGAUAUAGUUGAAUAUGGCUUGUGGUAG